AUGGCACCAAAACUCUUCAACGACGCCGUUCACUGGUAUAUGGCGGAGAUUACGUCUCGGAUUAUUGCAGAGAGUGGUAUACCAAACGACAGAUUCCACCUUGGCAAAAUUAUUCUACAAUGCUUAAAGGACAAUCCCAAUACUGUUUUGCAGAUUGAUGGUGCAACAAACGAGUGUGAUACAAAUGCAUCGAUGUUAAGAAAAUCAGUCAAAUGUGCUACUUGUUUCAAUAAUAUUGGCUUACAAAUAGGAGACGUAAUGGUUUUGAUGGCACCAAACCAUUUGGAUCUUUCUGUACCUUUCUAUGCAGCUCUUUACACAGGAAUCAUAAUAGCUGCUGUAGAUAGAACUUUAGGAGUCAAGGAACUCCAAGAUACAUUCUCUGUAACAAAACCGAAAAUAAUAUUCUGCCAAAGUGAAAAAGCACCUGAUAUACAAGUAGCUCUAAAUGAAAUAGAUUUGAAUGCAACUAUUGUAACUUUUGACAAAGGAGACUAUUUAUGCAACUUAGCGGAUUUUAUAAAAAAGUAUGCUGAUAAUACACCAGUUGAUACUUAUAGACCCACAAACUUUGAUCCAGAAAACACCGCAGCCUUUCUGAUAUCUACGAGCGGUACAACGGGCUUGCCUAAAGCUGCAGAAGCUACACAUAAAAACUUCGCAUUGUCAGUACCUAUGUUUUGGUGCAAUUCGACUAAAUUUCCAAGUCCUACUCGAAUGGCUCUCAUAGGAGCCCCUCUGCAAUGGCUGACUGCUAUUUUCAACUUUUUAUCAGCUCCAAUAUUCAAAUAUACAAAACUUCAAUCUUCACUACCACUGACACAAGAGCAUGCGUAUUAUCUUAUUAAUACUUAUAAGCCUACAUUCACGAUAUUUAGCCCGACUCUAAUGACAACAUUAGUUAAAGGAGAAGGUCGAGAUGCUUGUAAUUUUUCUUGUUUCGAAACUAUAUUUCUAGGAGGAAGCGCAGUGCCAAUGUCACUAUUGGAAGAUAUUAAGAAUAUAUCUCCAAAUACUGAAACAAUAAACGUAUACGGCAUGAGUGAAUUAACUGGAAUAGCGUUCCUUGGAAAUACUACGUGCCCAGAGGCCUGUGGUAAGCCGCUAGGAAGCUUCCAAUACCGCAUUAUAAAUAUUGAUACACAAGAAGAUAUUGAUGAAGCCAACGUGCCUGGAGAGCUUUGGUUAAAAGGACCGACCAUUUUUAAAGGAUACUAUCACAACAAGGAGGCCACCGAAGAAGCAUUUGCCGACGGCGAAUGGUUUAAAACUGGAGAUAUGUUCUAUAGAGAUGAACAUUUUAACUUCUACUUUGUAGAGCGUAUAAAGUUACUUUUGAAAUAUAAGAGCUAUCAGAUCUCGCCAGUUGAAGUGGAAAAUGUGAUUCGCCAACAUCCAGGCGUUUUAGAUGUUGCCGUAACCGGUAUCCCUGACCCUGAAUGUGGCGAUCUUCCUGUAGCUUGCGUUGUUAUCCGAGAGGGAUACAAUGUAUUAGCGGAUGAAAUAAAAGAUUUAGUAAAAGAAGCUCUCUCCGAUUCUAAACAACUCAGAGGUGGUGUGAUUUUUCUCGACAACAUACCUAUGACAGCUACAACUAAAGUCCAUAGAAGAAAGUUAAAGGAACUUGUUUUAAGUAUGAAAAGAUAU